GGCCCAGGCUGUGCUGCUAGGUAGGCAGGUACUCUGGGAGAGUUUGAGGGGCAGGCGGGGUCACUUGUCUGUCGCUCUCCUGCUCUCAGCGCAGAAUUUGGGCUGUGGGAUCAGACUGGGUCCGGGCACACACAAUGGCGGAUACUUCGGAGAAAGUUCCUAUUGCCCUUGCGGGUCCCGAGGACGUGGAGCAGUGUUUGCCCCCUGCAUACACAGCUGUGACAGUGAAGCCUUCGAGUAACAGCCGCCUACUCAGAAUCGGAGCUGUGGUGCUGAUCUCUGGGGCCCUUCUGCUUCUUUUUGGAUCAAUUGGGGCUUUUUACUUCUGGAAACCAAAUGACAAGCAUGUUUACAAUGUCCAUUAUACAAUGAGCAUCAAUGGCAAAGUGCAGGAAGGAUCUAUGGAAAUUGAUUCUGGAAAUAACUUGGAAACCUUCAAGACUGGGGCUGGAAAUGAUGAGGCUGUGGAAGUGCACGACUUUCAAAUUGGUAUCACUGGCAUUCGCUUUACUGGAGGAGAGAAGUGCUACAUUAAAGCUCAAGCCAAGGCUCACAUCCCUGAUGUUGACAGCGUGACAAAAGAAAGUCUCUCCUUUGAGCUGGAAGAUGAGAUCAUGCCGGCAAAGUUUGAUGAAAAUUCCCUUAUUUGGGUGGCUGCAGACCAGCCAGUAAAAGACAGCAGCUUUUUGAGCCCAAAACUUCUGGAACUUUGUGCAGACCUUCCAAUCUUCUGGCUCCGACCUACAUACCCAAAAGAACAUCAGAGAGGCAAGAGGGAGAUUGGAAGGAAAGUGAGACAAGCUCAGAGCCAGUUUGAAGCUGCCGCAGAAGAAAGGAAUGCCAGACGCCAAGGCAAUCGCAGAUCUCAAGUAGCAAAUGAAACACAGACAACUGAGCAAGAAACCCCCUUCAACCCAGAGAAUCCCUAUCAUCUGGAAGGAGAAGGUGGCAUGACAUUCGACCCCAUGCUGGACCACCAGGGCGUGUGCUGCAUCGAAUGCAGGAGAAGCUACACACAUUGCCAGAGGAUCUGUGAACCACUAGGUGGAUAUUACCCCUGGCCUUACAGCUACCAAGGGUGCCGCUCCGCAUGUAGAAUUGUCAUGCCCUGCAGCUGGUGGGUUGCUCGUAUCUUAGGAGUUGUCUAAGAAAAUAAAGCAAAAUCUGUACAGGGAAAGUACGCUGAAAAGUAAUGUCAGCCUCAAUGGAAGGAAGCAUUUUCCAGCGCACACAAUAAAUGUAUGCAGAUGCCUUUCUUACGCUAUUUGUUGUAAAUAAAUACCUAACUUAAUAAAGGAUACCCCCAUCAUCCAACUGAAAAA